AGUCCAACAUCCACCAAUCACUUAGAAUUGUAACUAACUCGCGAAAUGACGUGUUUGACGACCACUGCCGUGCUGUUAUCAGUUUUAGUUAAUUUGUCCUCAGGGACACUUUCAUGCGGCAUCAACGAGAUAAUAGAUGAAUGUCCUUUAGAUUGCGCUUACGACCAUUGUCCCAAGCACGAGUUCCAGGAUAGAACACCAUGUCCUAAACCUGAAGUUUGUCCACCACCAGUUUGCAAGUGUGGCUUCAACUAUCGUAGAGCUGAAAACGGCACGUGCAUACCCACUACAGAAUGUCCUCCAUUUGAGUGUUCCCGCGUCAAUGAAGAGUUCAAUCCGUGCCCUUUCUAUUGUCCUUCUGACAAUUGUGACGACGCAUCACCUUCUGGGGAAUGCCCUUUUUUCCUGCUCAUUGUCAUAAAUUGCAGCCCCUCUUGCAAAUGUAUCAGAAAUUACUGGAGGAAAGAUGGAGUUUGUGUCCCUUAUACGGAGUGCCCCAACAUCAUUAGCGCCAACGUCCAAGACCAAGCCGUAUUAGACGAAACGUCAACGGCGCAAGGAUUUGAUUACGUCACAUCGGAAUAAUACCUAAUUAUAAAGUAUAUAUUGUAUUGUCUACCAAAGAUUGUCGCUAUAUAUAUAGAACCAUGAUCACGCCGCUUCGGCCUAUCUGCACGCGGCUAACUCAUAAACUACCGAACGGAAUUCUUAAUAAAUUAUCCAACUAAACUUUUCGCGUGACUUUCGGUGAAAACCAUAUGAAAAUCCGUUCGGUAGCUUUGGCAGUGGGACUUUGUUAUGUAAUAUGUAGGUAAUGAUAAGUAUUUUCUAUGCUUCCUACCGUAACUAUAUAAUAGCGUACGUUAAGCGAGAAAAUCAUA